CACUGACAACUUCAAAGCAAAAUGAAGUUCAUCCUGCUGCUUUCCCUCAUUGGGUUCUGCUGGGCUCAGUAUGACCCACAUACUACAAAUGGGAGGACUGCUAUUGUACACCUAUUCGAGUGGCGCUGGGUUGAUAUUGCCAAGGAAUGUGAGAGAUACUUAGCUCCUAAGGGAUUUGGAGGGGUGCAGGUCUCUCCACCCAAUGAAAAUAUUGUAAUUCAUAACCCCUUUAGACCUUGGUGGGAAAGAUAUCAACCAAUCAGCUACAAAAUUUGCACAAGAUCUGGAAAUGAAGAUGAAUUUAGAGACAUGGUGACGAGGUGCAACAAUGUUGGUGUCCGUAUUUAUGUGGAUGCUGUCAUUAAUCACAUGUGCGGCUCAGGCAAUGCUGCAGGAACAAGUAGUACCUGUGGAAGUUACUUCAAUCCUUCUAACAGGGAAUUCCCAGCAGUUCCAUACUCUGGUUGGGAUUUUAAUGAUAAUAAAUGUAAUGGAGAAGUUCAUAACUACCAAAAUGCUAAUGAGAUCAGAAACUGUCGUCUGUCUGGCCUUCUGGAUCUUGCACUUGAUAAAGAUUAUGUUCGGACCAAGGUGGCUGACUACAUGAACCAUCUCAUUGACAUCGGUGUAGCAGGGUUCAGACUUGAUGCUGCUAAGCACAUGUGGCCUGGAGACAUAAAGGCAGUUUUGGAUAAACUAAAUAACCUAAAUACAAAAUGGUUCUCCCAAGGAAGCAGACCUUUCAUUUUCCAAGAGGUCAUUGAUCUGGGUGGUGAGGCAGUUAAAAGUAGUGAGUACUUUGGAAAUGGUCGUGUGACAGAAUUUAAGUAUGGUGCAAAACUUGGCACAGUUAUCCGCAAGUGGGAUGGUGAGAAGAUGUCAUAUUUAAAGAACUGGGGAGAAGGCUGGGGUUUCGUGCCUACUGACAGAGCCCUUGUGUUUGUGGACAACCAUGACAAUCAGCGAGGACAUGGUGCUGGAGGAAAAUCCAUCCUGACAUUCUGGGAUGCUAGAAUGUAUAAAAUGGCUGUUGGAUUUAUGUUGGCUCAUCCUUAUGGAUUCACAAGAGUAAUGUCAAGUUAUCGCUGGCAAAGAAAUUUCCAGAAUGGAAACGAUCAGAAUGACUGGAUUGGACCACCUAAUAACAAUGGAGCAACAAAAGAAGUGACCAUUAAUCCUGACACCACUUGUGGCAAUGACUGGGUCUGUGAACAUAGAUGGCGUCAAAUCAGGAACAUGGUUGCCUUCAGGAAUGUAGUCAACGGUCAGCCUUUUGCAAACUGGUGGGAUAAUGGCAGCAACCAAGUAGCUUUUGGCAGAGGAAACAGAGGAUUCAUUGUCUUUAACAAUGAUGACUGGGCUCUGUCAACAACUUUACAGACUGGUCUUCCUGCUGGCACAUACUGUGAUGUCAUUUCUGGAGAUAAAGUCGAUGGCGGUUGCACUGGACUUAGAGUAAACGUUGGCAGUGAUGGCAAAGCUCACUUUUCCAUUAGUAACUCUGCUGAAGACCCAUUUAUUGCAAUCCAUGCUGACUCAAAAUUGUAAGAGUCAAAUUAAAGACAUGUAGAGAGCACAUCAA